AUGGAACAUACUCCAAUUGAGACGAAAAAAAGAACUGAUCGAAGAGGUUUGAUAGCUAGCGGUAGCGUUCUUGUCGAUUAUAUUAUCAUCAUUGAUCAUUGGCCAAUGGAAAAUUGUACAUCUUUUGUUCGACGUCCAUCAACUAUGGCCGGUGGUGGUGGACCAUUUAAUAUAGUGAAAAAUCUUGUAGCCAUGAAAACUCAUUUUCCACUAUCGCUUCUCGGCUUAAUAGGUAAUGAUGCCAAUGGUAAAUGGCUGAUAGAAGAUUGUAUGAAAUUCCAUAUUGACACAAGUCAAUUACAAAUGAUGAAUGAUUCCACUCCAACAUCUUGCACUUAUGUGAUGAGUAUUGAAAAUACUAAUCGACGAACAUUUUUUCAUCAACAAGGUGCCAAUGCAUAUUUGAAUGAACAACAUUUUGAUUUUUCUCGAACGACAGCGAAAUUAUUUUAUCUUGGUCCUUUAACUCAAUUAACUGCACUGGAUCAGUUGAUUGAUGAUAAUAAACGAACAAAUGCAUCAAAAGUAUUAGAAGCAGCUCAUUUAUCUGGACUAGAAACAGUUGUCGAUUUUUCUAGUGGGAAAAAUUCAAAUUAUUCUAAAAUUGCUCAAGCAUCUUUACCGUUUAUAGAUCAUUUGAUUAUCAAUGAAACAGAAGCUGGAUUGAUUCUCGAUCAACAUUUAACAAGUGAUAAUAUCGAUCAAAUUCAACAAAUCGCUAAACAACUUAUCGACAUAGGCGUCAGUAAAACGGUAACAAUUCAUUUUGAACAAGGUGCAAUUUUGAUUACCAAAAAUGGAAAUAUUUUAUGGCAAGGAUCGGUCAUUCUACCAGAUGAAUUUAUUAAAGGUGCGGUUGGCGCCGGUGAUGCAUUUGCUGCUGCAAUGAUUUACGGUAUUCAUGAACAAUGGCCAUUAGAUAAAACAUUACGUUUGGCUGUUUGUGCUGGUGCAAUGUCAUUGAGUGAUGAAACAGCAUGUGGUGGAAUGAAAACUAUCGAAGAAUGUCUCCAAUUGGAAAAAUUCGGUUUCAGAAAACUGAAAAAAUUAUAG